AUGAAGGUCCUUUUCCUCACCAUAACACUAAGCCUGUUCUCUAUCCUCCAAGCUCAGGAGUCAUCGCCUCUUGAAGAACGAUUUGGGGGUUUAUACUUUGUAAAGGCAAUUGUGACUGACAAUGAACUUCUUGAAAGGGAUAUACCUAAGGACAUGUCACCCUUGACAGUCACCCAACUUAGUGAUGGGAAUCUGGAGGCCAAAUUUAUUGUCAACAAUACUGGAAUUUGUGAAGAGUUUACAAUGAAAUUAGAGAAAACAAACCAGCUUGGUCUAUUUUCUGUAGAUGAAGGUGAACGCCAGGUACUCAUAGAAGAGACAUCUGUCAGGGAUCAUUGGAUUCUCUUUUGUGUAGGCGAGAUACAUGGCAUACAAAUAAGAGUUGCUGAACUUGUGGGUCCAUAUCCAGAUGAGAACCCACAGGCCUCUCAGGACUUUAAGAAGUUUGUCAGCCUUAAAGGAUUUAAUGAAGAAAAAAUCAACAUCCCCAGACAAGCUGAGGCCUGCACCCCGGAACAUGUUUAA